AACAUGGAGACGGGGCUUCAGACUGCAUUCUUUGGAUGCCCUACAUGAGCAUCCUCAAUUUUUAAAAUAACUUCUGUAGAGGAGGCUCAAAUCUGCCUGCAAACCAGAAUUGGAAAUAAUAUUUGAAUGCCUCUCCAGUUCUGGUUGGCAGGUAAACUGUGGUAUGUGCAAUCCAUAUAUCCAGUUUGGAUGUACAGCAAAUUAUGUUUUGAUCAAACCAGAAAUUCUGGGAGGAGAUUGUGUUGCAUGUUGAGAAGUGGGAGCACAUGAGCCUUCAACACAUUCUCAAUUCUCCAAGCCAUGGUUUGGUGGACUAGGAAUGUUGCAUCUGAAUCAGUGCGUAGUGUUCUAUAGUGUGGCUUUUUGAUACAGUAACACAAGCUGGAUGCACACAUUCAGAAUUUUAACCUCAACAUUUUAGAGAGAUGGGAAGAAGUCUUUUGUUGUUGUUGUUCUGUUAAACCAAUCAUGUGACAUCUACAUGAAACUGGAGGGAUCAUCCAGAGUUUUUGAUCCCAGUGAUAUCAAUAUACUGAUGACACUUAGCUCUGUAUCUCCUUUCCAUCUGAGUGCAGGCAAAGUAAGUAAAGAAUCAGUGCUUGGAGACAUUGAAGGUCUGUGGGGGGCCAAUAAAUUAAAACUUAAUCCUGACAAGGCAGAGUUUCUUCUGGUUAGGAAGGAUGUUAAUUGUGGAAUAGAGUCCAUAAUUGAGUGGGUCUCCACACUCUGAAAAUGUAGGUAUGUAGUCCAGGGGAUACUUCUUGAUCCCAAGCUGUCUCUGGAGAUCCAAGUGGUGGCUGUGGCUAUCAGUGCCUUUUUCAGCUUUAGCUGGUGAUACAGCUGUGUCUGCCCUGGUGAUAUAUGCUUUUGACAUCUCUAGAUUGGACUGUUGUGUUCUAUGCGGGCCUGUGUUUGAAGACCAUUUAGGAAUUGCAUCAAGUGCAGAAGGAAGCAGCAAAGCUAUUGUGUGGAGCUGGUCCACUGGAUCCCAUAAGACCCAUUCUGCUCCACUUGCACUGGCAUCCAGUUUGUUUCCAGGCUUCAUUCAAUUGGUUGAUCAUAAUGCUGAAAGACUGCCUCCUUCAGUAUGAACCCAUUAUGGUUAUCUGGGGUGUGCACAAAUCAAUUUUUGCGAUUUGAUUUGACAUCGAACCACAAAAAUUGGAAUCAAUUUGUCAAACCAGUCGGCCAUUGCCAGCUGGCUCAACAAAUCAAAGGGAGACCUGAGUUCAAAUCCCCAUUCAGCCAUACUACUUGCUGGGUGUUUCUGGGCCAGUCACUUCUCUCUCAGCCUAACCUACUUCACAGGGUUGUUGUGAGGAGAAACUUAACCAUGUACAUUGCUCUAGGCUCCUUGGACGAAGAGCGGAAUUUAAAUGUUUUUUUUAAAAAUUGCCCCCAAAACAUGUGAUUUGCCCAUAGGGAACAAUGGGGAACUCAGAUCACCCCAUUGUUCCCUAUGGUGUUCUCUGUGGGUAGGUCCUAGGAGCAACAAAGUGAGUUGGAUGGUAGGGCAUGAUGGUGCUAUGUACCACCCAAUCCACAAAAGAAGCAGGCAAUUAUUUUUUCAAGUAUGCUUUCCUCCCAAACCCCAUAGAAUCCUAUGAGGGUUUAGGUUUAAAAAAUUUUCAGAAAUUGCCCACUUGCUCAUUUCUUUUGUGGGUUGGGUGGUAAGCAGUGUUCUCUCUAAUCUUUUUCAUCUGUGUGCGGAAUGAAUUUUGUUCUGGGUGGCAGUAUCAAGGCAGUGUGUGCGCACUUGCAUUCAGAAUAGGGCCUUCCUGAUUCAACCUUAGCGGGAUCUAAAAUUAACUGAGUGGACAUUAAAAAACUUGUGAGCACGCACACGCCUUAGAGGGAACACUGGUGGUAGGUAGCUCUGUACCACUCAACCCACUUGAGUGUCCCUAGGACUUCUCCAUGGGGCACAAUGGGGUGAUUCAUGUUCCCCAUUGUUUCCUAUGGGUGAAACAAUCAGAGUGUGACUGCACACAUUUUGAAACACUGCCUUGCAAAAAAACCAAUGCUGCAGAACAUAAGCGGCACACUCAGUCCUUUCCAAAUACAGACCACAUUUUGCCAAACACACAGUCCAAAGAUGGCCAAAAAAGAAUCACUAACCCAGAAUCAACUGCCAACCAUAGUGCCUGUGCUGCAGUUACAUCAUUGACACAAGUUGCUCACACACAAUUAUAACUCUGUCCUUAAUUGCAACAGCAGCCAUAGCACAGCAGCACCCUUAUCAGCCAGCAGUCAUAGCUAUACGCUCAACUACAACAAAGUUUUCAGCCACUUUUUCAGUGAGUACACCUUGCAGUGCAGAUUGCAGAGCAGACCAGAGCAGUGAGUGAAGCAGAAGUUUGUCUCAAGGAUAGAAAUGGAAGUCAUUACAGCAGUCACCAGUAAAUACUUCAUACACACACGCGCACCCCUGAGCUGCCAUUGUCCAUUUCUCAGCACAACACUAUCUCACAGGUAGACCAAACCACAACUCAAGAAAGGUUGGCACUCAGGAUCUGGUGCUUGAUCCAUUGAAUCCAUUAGAAUAGGUUCUGUGCCUGCGCGGAAGCCUCUCGGUGUCGAGUUCCACAGCUCCUUUUUGGCGCCUGCACCCUGCCCCACGUGACCACCUGGCUAUUUAAGGUGGGAGGAAGCACAGGUACUCCAGUUCCUUUGCGACUGCUGUAGAGAUCAGUUCACUCAUUUUCUGUGGCUCGUUCUGGUUCCUUUGCAUACUAGCGUUUACCUUGAAAGUUCUAUCUUCUCCCGGCUAUUUGACCUUGGACUGUAUUCUGGCUAAAGUUUUCAUCUUACUGAUUCUGAUUGUCGACUGAUUGGACGAAUACCUGGCACUUAUGACCUUGGACUGUGUAAUGACUAUGUUUGUGAGUAACGGACUACUUCAGUUGCUUUGGACUUUGAUUUUGGGCUUUGAAUCCUCUUAGGGUGAAUAUGGAUACCCCUAAGCAAAAGAACAGCUUUAAGCAUUGCGACAAGUGUAAAGCAAAAUUGCCCUCCCAAGAUGCCCAUAGUUUGUGCUUGCUAUGUCUGAUCUAUCAAUCUUUCUCCAAACCCGGAGAAAUCGUGAGCUUUGAUUGAAGGCUUCUGUUUAUGAUUAUGAUUUUGCUGAGCCUUCUUCAAAACUGUCUCCUCAGGUUCAUGGCUCAAGGGCCCUGGCUUCCAGCUAGUCUAAAACCUCGUUGCCCACUGAGAAAACCUCAAAGGCAGGGGAACAAAAUUGCGAGCAAACCCACCAAAAAGAUGCUGGAGACUUCAACGCCGUUGCUGGCAUCGGUUCAAGAUGUAGUUUUUGUGUUGAUAUUGAAGCCUAAGACAUCAACGACGCACCCGGCAUUGACAAAAUCUCCGGCAUUGAUGCCGACACCAUCGACGCCGAAAACUAUGCACCACUCAACUUGGACGCCAAUGGAUACCUCGACAUCGAAGCAGCCAAAUGAGACCACUUCAUCGACACCUCCAUCAACAUCAGAACAGCGACCUUCAACACCGAAGGCUCCAGAAAUGCCAGCUUUGUUGACAUUGAUGCACUCAAUACCGACGGCUUGUGAAUUGAUGCCUGCACCGACCCCGAUAAGAUCUCCGUCGACAUCAAGGGAUGAGGAUCAUGCAUCAACUCUGAAUACUCCAGCAGACGCAGACCACAGUGUGGCAAGUAUUUUCUACAGCUGUUCAAACAGAUGAGCCUUCUCCACCUGCUCACUCUCACUUACCAUCGCCAAGCAGGGUUCCUCCACUGCACUCUCCUUCCGCAGCGGCUUCCGACAACAGUCACCAUGGUUCUUCAGAUUCUGAUCCUUCUCUGGAUGUAGCCACACCUUCCCACGUCUCACCGACCAAGGAAUUGAAGAUGUAUCACUUACACGUUAAACAAAUGGCGGCCGCCUUCGGUCUCGAUCUGAUUCCUCAGGUAAAAACAAUUGAUGACCGGUUCUGCAACUUCAUGGUUCUGUCCCAGUUGGCCCAACCAGUGGCCUUGCCUCUUCUUCUGAUAAUCUCAAAUGCUGCUCAAUACGCGUGGCAGGUUCCUCAUACCUCAACCUCAACUUCAAAAAGAUUGGAAGGCGUCUAACUGGUAUGGGAACAGGAUAAUACCUACCUGUUCAAGCAUCUCGUACCUAACUCCUUGGUCAUUGACUGUGCUACCACCUAGAGUUCAGUGAGGCGACACACCACUCCUGCAGACAAGGAAGGCAGAAAAUUGGACGUUUUGGGCAGGAAGCUAUAUUCCACCUCUUGCCUUUCUGUCAAGGUUGCCAAUUAUUCCGCCUGUAUGGUGAAAUACAGUUACUGCCUCUGGGAGACCUUAGAAAAAGACCUUGAUACACUUCCUCCUGAAGAAUUCAAAGCUCUAUUCAGGAAGACUCUGCAGAAGGCAGGUAACCUCACCUGUCAACAGCUUAGUACCACUAAGCACUUGGUGGAGUCGGAAUUUUGAACAUUUACUGUUGACAUUACCCUGAGAUGUCACUCUUGGCUUCAGUCAGCUUCCCUUCAGCAAUAUAUGAAGGACAAAAUUGAAGGCCUUCCGUUUGAUGGCAAGGGCCUUUUCUUGGAAAAUGGAAAAGAUGAAGUUGUCGAAAUCCAGAACAAAAACUUUUACUUCUUCUGCCUCAGCAACCUAUGCCUCCAAGCAAAGAUCCUAUUACCGUCCCCAUUCUUUAUUCAGUCCUCAAGAACGGAGGGAUUACCGGAAGACAUACCAACCCUUCACAAAACGGACCUCCCAACAAAAAGGUAAACACACCUCGGCCCAAUGCAACAAACAGACGGAGGGCAAUAAGCAGUGUCUUUGAAAGUCAGGACCACCCAUCGGACCAUCUGCUUUAUUCCUCCUCUCAAAACAUCAAGGAGGAUGCUGUAUCGGCCCACAACAUCAGUCAGCUGACCUCGCUAGCCAUCGACAUAAUCAGAUUGGCGAGUCAUGCGCAAGCAUGGUGCAACAUAACAUCGGACCAGUGGGUCUUGAAAAUUGUCACAUCUGGCUACGCAAUAGAGUUCAAGACUCACCCUCUUUUCAGCAGUCUACGCUUCACGAGUGCAACGCCUGUCUCGCUUCAAGAGGUACAGGAACUCUUACACAAGAGAGCAAUAAUCCGGGUGCGAUGGGCUCAACGACAGGAAGGUUUCUACUCCCAUUAUUUCCAAAUUCCAAAGAAGGAUGGAGGAAUCUAGCCUAUAAUGGACCUGAGACAUCUCAACAAGUUCAUUCACGUGCAAAAGUAUCGGAUGACAACAUUACAGGACAUGCCAUUUCUACAUCGGGAGCGGUGGCUUGUGACGUUAGAAAAUAGAUGCCUUUUUUCACAUAGAGAUCCGGCCAUCCUUCCAAAAGUACCUGAGGUUCACCAUAGGGAUCUUGAUCUGUCAAUACCAGGUCCUUCCUUUUGGACUCUGCACUGCCCCACAUGUAUUCGCCAAAUGCAUGGCGGUAGUAGUGGCCCAUCUGAGAACAAGGAGCCUGAAAUUGUAUCCCUAUGUUGAUGAUUGGCUCCUGAUGUCAAGACACAAAGGAGAGUUACUUUUGCAGAUACAGUACAUGUUGAAUCUUCUCCAGGACCUCAGGAUUCAGAUCAACUGGAUAAAGUCUAAUCUAACGCCAGUGUCCACCAUAUCUUACAUAGGUGCUGUUCUGGACACUUGUGCAGGAAGGGCAUUCUUGCCAGAAGACCGCUAUCAAGCCAUCACACAGAUGGUUCAUCAAUUUCAAGCUAGUCCUUUGCAGACAGUAUGACAAAUACAACGCCUGCUUGGCCUGAUGGCCUCUUGCAAGCCAACUGUAUGCUACACUUGUUUGAAAAUGAGGAAGCUGCAGCUAUGGUUCCUGUCUUCUUUCCAACUGAACAGGGACAGUCUCAGAAAGCAGUUACUCGUGCUUCCGCAGAUCCUUCACUCAUUGUCCUGAUGGGCACAGAGACUCAACCUUCUCAGAGGAAUUCAAUUCCAUGUGCAGACUCCAUCGGUGUGGGUCACAACAGAUGCUUCGCUCAGAGGUUGGGGCAGGCAUUGCAUUGCCAAAGUGACCCAAAGUCUCUGGACCCGCACCCAAUGUCAAUUUCUUAUAAACUUCCUGGAACUGUUGGUGGUUUUCCAAGCCAUGAAAGCCUUCCUUCCAGUGCUGAGGGGGAGGGUAGUACAACUGCAGUUGGACAACACUACUGCAAUCAUCUACCUCAACAGACAGGGCAGAACAGUCUCCAGGUCUCUUUGUGCACUGAGAAUUCAGAUUUGGCAUUGGUGCAUCAGGAACAGCAUCACCCCUGUGGCCCUUCACUUCAAAGGCAUGGAGAAUGUUCUAGCAGAUGGCCGAAGUCGCUCAUUCUUGAUAGAAACCCAUUACGAGUGGGAGUUGAACAACAUUUACCUGUGGGAGGUCUUCGACCUAUGGGGAUUCCCAGAGAUAGACUUGUUUGCUACAGCACAGAAUGCAAAAUGCAAGCUGUACUGCUUGAUAGCCAGCCACGACCUGCAAUCUUUGGGGGAUGUUUUCUAGAUGGACUGGUCACAACAUUGGACCUACAUGUUUGCCCCGCUGCUUCUAGUGAACAGAGUAGUGUCACAAAUCCUAACAUACCACGUGAAAUGCAUCCUUAUCACACCAUGGUGGCCCUGUCAAGUGUGGUUUCCACAUCUAUUCAAACUCUCAUCUCACAUGUACGAGAGACUUCCAAACUGUCCAGACCUUCUGAUUCAGAAAAACUGUCGGAUCCUGCAUCCAGGAAGUCUCACCCUACAACAAACGGCAUGGAAGAUCAACUGUUGAAUAAAAUCCUACUAACCCAACGAGAGCCUUCCAUCAGAAAAAAACUAUAUUAGCAAGUGGAAAAGAUUCGCUACCUACGCAUCGCGGCAUGGUUUCCAUCCCUUAAGAGCAUCCCUCUGUCAGAUCCUACUCUACCUCACCUCGCUAAAGAUGUUUAAGCUCUCCAAUGUGUCUAUUAAAGUACAUCUGGCUGUGCUGUCAUCAAAACACCUUGGAUGGGAUGGCAAAACAGUUUUCUCCCAUCCCACCUGCAAGAGUUUCUUAAAGGGACUCACUAACCUGUAUUCACCUAUUUGACAGCCGAUAGAACAAUGGAACAUCUCUCUGGUCCUCUUUGCGUUAACUGAGCUACCCUUUGAACCCCUGAGGUUGGCUACAUUAAAGCUUACAUCCUUAAAAACUGCCUUCUUCGUGGCUAUUACCACUGCUCGCAGGGUGAAUGAGCUUACCGCUCUUAGGAUGGAUGUGCCUUAUGCCCGCUUCUACGUAGAUAAGGUUCUCCUAUGACCUGACAUCACCUUCUUACCAAAGAUUGUGACAGAUUUCCACGUAAACCAGAACAUUGUGUUGCCUACUUUGUUUAAGUCCCCAACCAUGCCUUUAGAGAAGGCUCUACAUUCUUUAGACAUGUGUAGGGCAUUUCUGUUUUAUCUUUCGAGAACAAAGACGUUCAGGACGUCAAAAAGGCUAUUUGUAUCCUACAAGGGAAGGACCAUGGGCCGGGCCUUGUCCCGAUAGAGACUCUCCCACUGGCUUGUGGAAACCAUCCAGCUAGCCUACACUCUGCAGAAAGUUCAGUCCUCAAAGUCCAUCAUGGUGCAUUUGACUAUGGCUUAUGGUACAUCUGCAGCUCAUCUGUCCAGCAUAUCCUUUCAAGACAUUUGUAAGGCCGCCACUUGGUUUUGGAACAGCCUUUUGUAAAGCACUAUGCUAUUAACUUAUGUUCUGCAGCGGAGGCGAAUUUGGGGAGAGGUGUUCUCAAAAGGCAGUUGCAAUAACUCUACUGCUUACUCCUCCUUUAUGGAACUAAAUAAACACGCAUUCUAAUGGAGUCAACUGAUCAUGCACCAGAUAAACAGAUUAUCAGUUAGAGGUGAGCAGCCUAUUUUUCUGCCUUGUCAAUCUGAGAUCCAGCAAAACCAGGUAGUUAUAGCAGCAAUAGGUAGCACAGCAUUAUAUUGAAUGCUGAGAAAAGAAAACCACAAAAUCAAACCUUCCUUGUGUUCUGAUAUAUUUCCUCGUGUUCUGAUAUAUCCUCUUCUUCAUUUGCGUGCUCACUCUGUCUCUCUUCCUCCCAGUUCCUUUGAAUACACUUGAAAUUCCCUCCAAAAGUGUUUUUUCUUCCUCCAGCUAAUGGGGACACAUUUGUCCAUGCUAACACUUGAUAUGAAUGAGAACAUGCCAACCAAGAAACAAGGAGAGUUCAAGCCAAUUGCACAUUCCAAGCCAGACAUUCAGCUUCUUCCUUCUGUACUUUACUUUUGCCAUUAUCUGAAAACACCUUUUUAAAGUGUCUUUAACGUACUUUUAUCUUUUUUACAGUGCAGUUAUGGUUGUUUUACAGACUCUGUUGCUGCUAGUUUUCCAUAGUGUUAUAGUAUUUGAAUUGGUUUUGUUUUACUGUAUUGUAUAAGAUGCCUUGGAACAUGAGGAGCUGCCUUAUACAAAGUCAUACAUUUGGUCCAUCUAGCUCAGUAUUGUUUAUGCUGACUGACAGUGGCUCUCUGGGGUUUCAGAAAGAUAUUUCCUAGCCAUACCUGGAGAUGCCAGGGAGUGAACCUGGGCCCUUCUGCAUGCAAAGCAGAUAGCUUUGGGAUUCAGUCCUUCUCCAAAAUUAAGCCAAGUGUGCCUGCCAUUUCAACUGUGAUUCAUAGUUAUAUUGCUGAUUGUGCUCUUUUGUAUAUAUGCAACUACAUAUAACAUUACUCAUGCAACUUGCACCAGUGUUUUAGUUUAUUUGGUUAUAUUUUUAUUCUUCUGUUCCUCCAUGGAGGGCAGCAUACAUAGGGCAGUGUACACAGACUUCCUUCCUAUUUCUAAUUCAUCUUGACGAUAAUCCGGUGAAAUAGUUUAGGCUGAGAGAUAGUGAUUGGGCCAUGAGCACACAUGAGCAUUUGUUUUAUUUCUUGAGCAGAAGUUCUUUCUGGUAUGCUUGCUCUGCAUAUUAUUUAAUCUAGUUGUUAACUCAUUUGGUAUACAUUAUUCUUUACCUUGUUUACAGCUAGGUGAUGUGCCUUAUGCCUAAAGUACCCAAACACUAUUUUCAACUUACAUAUUAUUCCAAGGUGUUGAUCAACAAAAAAUUAAGUUUGUCUUCACAGAAUUUAAAAACUACUCUUGAUAAUCACUAUGGGAUAUUAAGUUUUGAUAGUUAUGUUUUGAAAAGGCCUUUUAUUUUGUAGCUUUUUAACAAUCAGAUUAUCAUCUAGUUCUUGGAUAUGCUUUUUAUUCUGAAAUGAUCUUUGCACUUGUGCUUUUUUAAACAUAAAGUAGAUUUCCAUAUUUCCAGGCAUUAUUAAAUAGAUUGAUAAUCUAAUUAUAAUAAGUAGCUACUAAUUGGACCAUUGCUAUUGCCUGCAUGAUGUUCAGAUCUUUACAUAAGUGAAAAAUCUUUCUUUCUU